AUGUCUUCUGCAGGAACGAAGGUCACCACUGACCCCGCCUCCAAAAAUGCCAUCAACGAAGCCGUAGGCACCGUUGCCUCUGACUCCCUUGCGGCCGAGUCAGCCAAGUCAGGCGGUUCAUUCGGCGAAGGCAACCCCAAAGCCGGCGUCUCGUCCCAGCCCGGCAGCAACUCCACGCUGGCAAACACCGACACCUCCGGCGCCAGAACCAUACCACCCGCGCCCAACGCCGGGGCACGUGAAGCACAAGAGGGCGGAGACGCGACCGACUUGCUCGACACCGGCAGAGGCCAGGGCAAGGCCGCGGGCAAAGGCCCAACCUACAAUACGCCAGCUGACGAGGCCGCUGCUGCCAAACGCUCGGGCGAGACGGGCGGGAAGCCGUACAACACCACGACGGGCAGCGGCGCCAAUGCCGGUACGGCACCUACCGCCAUCUCUGUGGACCAGAGUGUCAAGGAUAAGUCGGGCCCGCAUGGCAAGAACAUCACGGAGGGCGGCUUCGAUCCUAAUCUUCCGAACGCGAGCUUCAAUAAUGAGAUUGGCACGGAGAAUGACCCAGGAAGGCUGGCGGAGGUGAAGCUGGCGCAGCAAGCUGCGCAGGCGGGUGGGGAUGCUGGCGGUGGGCCGAGACAGACGAAGAUUAGCAAUGAUGGGCAGUAUGAUGUUCUCGAGGAGACGUCAGCGUGA